AUUGUGCAAACUACGAUGGGAAGUAAUGGCGCGUCGGCAGAGUCUUGUAUCAAAUUUGAAAACUUUCUAGUAGUGCGCGUGGAUCUUUCGUAGACGGAAGACGUAUGUAAAGGCUCGGAGUGUUUCUAUCUGGAUUCCUUCUGGUGUGUGAAAGCACGAGUAUCUUGCGUAACAAGGAACUAACUAAAAUGGGAUUUUAAUAUUGUAAACAUUAGUGACUGUAAAAAUGAAACCCCAUCGCACUCUCGGUGUUAUAAUUUUGCUCGUCAUAACACACCAGUUGAUCGUCUUCGAGUGUUGGGGAGGCCAAAUCCCUGUCGGCGCCAGGAAGCGUCUGCAGCGCACGGCUCCCCGCGAUUCCGCGGAGGAUGACAGCGGCACCUCGGAUGAGGUCGACGACGACGGGCGAGUGUACAAGAAUCCUCGUAAUUUACCUUCUGCUCUGUGCCCGCGGGAUGAGGAACAGGCCACACUGCUGGAACAGAAAUGCCUGAGGAAGUGCUCGUCGGAUGAAGACUGCAAGAGUAAGAAAAAGAAAUGCCUGUGUGACGGCGCUUGCGGAAUGAGUUGCAUCAAACCAGAGCGGGAGUGCAAGGAGCUGACGAGGCCGGCACUAGGAUCCUUGUCCUUGUCUGGUCGCCUCUUCGGAGACCGCGCCACCUACAGCUGCGACCCGGGUUUCCACUUGGUGGGCCUCAGGGAACGGACGUGCAGGGCGGAUGGCACGUGGUCCGGACAUCCACCGGCCUGUAGACAGAACAUUUACUGCACUUCUCCUCCACCCGUAAAGAAUGCCAGACACAACGCUUUGCCAGAACAGACGACGUUUGACUUGAACACCACCUUGCAGUAUCAGUGCUACCGUGGCUAUGUAACCGAAGGUUUCUCCACAGCCAAAUGUUUGGAACUAGGAUCGGCAGCAUCUUGGUUUGGCCCGGACUUCACCUGUAAACCAAGGUCUUGUGGCCCACCUGCAGAUGUUGCACAUGGCUGGCAUGCUGGAGAGUGCUACACUUAUGGAUGUCGAGUUACUUAUCACUGUGCCGAUGGGUUUGAAUUGGUUGGGCGCUCUGAUCGGCACUGUCAGGCUGAUGGAUCAUGGAGCCCGAAGGAGUUACCUGCAUGCGUGCUGGUUACAGCCGUGCAGUGCCCUCCCCCUGAGAAUCCUAACAACGGGAAGGCCAUUUAUACAUCUUGCAGCUACAAUUCUGUAGUGUCAUAUGAAUGCAAGUAUGGCUACACUCUUGUUGGAGACCCUACACGGAGGUGUGGAGCAGACAAAAGGUGGUCAGGAGUGAUGCCGCAGUGCAAGGAGAUUAACUGCGGUCACCCCGGCCCUCUGUACAAUGGUUGGCUUGAGAAUAUAGAGGCUGGAACUGGUCUUGGAGCCAGUAUAAUCUUCCGGUGCCAUGAAGGCAUGAAGCUGAUAGGCAAGACAUCAUCUGUAUGCCAGAUAGAUGGACACUGGCGGUAUCCACUGCCCCUGUGUCUUGCUCCAUGUGUGGUGCCUCAUAUUCAGCAAAGUCGUGUGGUGCUGCUGACUGACUCCAACAAUAGCUCCGUGGUAGACUCAACACACGUUGUUCAACAUGGUGAGAAGCUCAGCGUGGAAUGUGAAUCACGUUAUGAAUUCCUUGCAGGCAACAACACACCAGUAGAGUGCAAUAAUGGUACUUGGACACACAUACCAAUAUGUGAACCAGCUCGGUGUAAACGAAUGCCUAAGGCUCCUCGUAAUGGUAUGGUAAUUGCACCUAAAACAGAGCAUGGAAUGCGAGCAAGAUUCAAAUGCAAGGAUGGCUACACUCUUCGGGGGGCAAAUAUCACAAAAUGUUUGUAUGGCAACUGGACUGAUGUUCAACCAUACUGUCAAGAGGUUUACUGUCCGUUUCCUGGCUACAUUGAGAAUGGACGUGUGAUGCUGGUUGGGAAUAUGGGUGUGUAUGAUUACCGACCGUAUGUGCGAAAGGUGACAAACAACAAACAAAUAAUGUAUGAAUGUGAGCGUGGUUAUGUUUUGACUGAUGGGCCACCUGGUGCAACAUGUAUUGGAGGAAGAUGGAGUCCAAAACAACUACCCAGAUGUGUGCCUGGUAUGCACCCACGCCUUCGCUGGAGCCGAUCACUCCGUGCCAAGCGAGCACUGCUCAUGACACAAAAUCAACGUCAGCAGCUGUGGCAGCGAGAUCGACGGAGGCGUAACAAGAAAGGACGCAAAGCAAAGAAAAGGGGAGGCAAGGGGAAAGCUGGACCAUGUGAAGUAAUCUCUGAGGAGCCAUUUGUAAACAUAGAAGUUGUUAAAGCUGGACGAGAUCCUAAUCAGACAUUCUCACCUGGGACUGUUGUUAAAGUUUCCUGUGGAAAGGGAUAUGGACUCAACAUAGGUGCCAAUGUCACAGCAAAAUGUGUCAGAGGGCAAUGGAAACCUGCCAAACCUGAGUGUCUAAUCUUGCCUUGUCACAUCCCAGUGACAGAAAAUGGUGUCUAUAAGCUAUCUUCAAGAGAAGGAGGUCAGAAUUCUUUGUUAAAUGAGACAUCAACAGUGGAAAAUGGGGAGGUGGUGGAAUUCUCAUGUGCUCAUGGAUUUAAUGUCCAAGGGCCAAGUAAUCUCCGUUGCUGGCAUGGCGAGUGGCCUAUAACAUCUUUUCCAGAAUGUACACCAGCACCAUGUGAGUUGCCGGUUAUAACCAAUGGACAGUAUCUGUCUGGCUACCGGGCAGGACUCACCAUAGCAAAUGGCUCGUCAGUAACAUUUCAGUGUGACAAUGACUACAGCAAGUCAACAGGCCAACCCAUAGAAUGUAUUCUGGGAGAGUUGCGUCCUCGUGUACCGGCAUGCAGGCACCACAUUCUGCCUAUCAUAACAUAUAGCAAUGCCAGCAGCAAACAUCAUGAAACAGAUGUGCAGUUUAAGGGUGGCAGUGACAUAACAAAGGGAGGAGACAUCAGUGUGAUUGACUUCCCUGCAGGAUUCAGGAGGGCUUGUGGUCCUCCAGCAAGAGUUCAGGGCUCACUUGUAUAUAGGGAUGGAGAACCAAUUGGAGAGACUGAUAGGAGUUUUCCGGAUGGUACAGAAGUUACUUUCAACUGCAUCGCUAGCAUCAUGGGUGAAAAGACAACAUGGAGGAUUGUAUGUGAAGAUGGAAGUUGGGUUGGAAGAUCCCUCAACUGUGAAGGUGAAGAUGUGCUGGAUGGAGUGGGGAUUCUACGGAAUAGUACAUGUGUAUUUCGGAACACAGAACCUAAUCUUGUAUCAUUUUACAAUGAUCAGCAGAUUACUGAGGAAGUGGUGGAGUUCCCACCGGGUUCCUUAUUGGUUUCAAGAUGUGCUGAUAUUGGAAAAUAUGCUAUGAUUGGGUCAAGCCGCCGUCGUUGUGUGGGUGGAGAAUGGGAUGGACAGAAACCUGUAUGCUUUGGCCUGAACCAGGAAAAUGAUUAUGCAUUUUUUCUUCCUGCAGUAGAAAAACCACCAACAAUCUUAUUCCGUCAUCAACUGGGACCAAUUGCACAGAGCAAUGAUGGGAGGCUGAUUGUAUAUCCAGGAACAAUUCUGCACAUGGAGUGUCUGUGGAUACGGAGGUUUGGCACUCCCAAGUGGGUGAUCAGUCACAAUUACAGAAAGUAUCCUGAAGGCUGGACAACUGAUCCAGGCCGUGAUUCACAGCUGGAGUAUCGUCUCAGCAUCUAUCAUGCCAGCAGAGAUGAUUCUGGAGUAUUUACAUGUGUUACUCCUACCAGACAUACACAUUCAGUAGAGAUACUUGUGAAAGCGGUGCAUUGUCCAAUGAUCCCACCUCGCCGUGGCCUGAAUCUCAACACUGUGAAUACCAAAAUGAACACAAAAGUCCUGCUGUCAUGUGCCAAUGGCAAUUCAUUGAUUGGUGCACCAGAAAUCACAUGUCUACCCUCUGGAAACUGGAGUGCACCUUUUCCUAUAUGUGAAAGUAUUGAAUGUGCAGAUCUUGCAAAUUUAACAGACCCACAUCUGCGUGUGUCAAUUCUAAACAGAGAAGUGGGUGGCCGAGCUGUGUUCAGCUGUGCCCAAGGUUACGGUCUGCGUGGACCACAUGAAGCUGUCUGUCAGCAUACAGGGGACUGGGCCUCUCCACUGCCCACUUGCCAAGAAGUGCAGUGUGAUACUCCAGGAACACCAGACAAUGGCUAUAUCCAAGGCAAUGGGCCAUAUAAAGCAGGUGAUGUGAUUCAGUUCAACUGCAACCCAGAAUUCAUGAUGGAGGGACAGCCAAUCAUAGCAUGCCAGGAGAAUGGGAGAUGGUCAGGGACUGUACCCAAAUGUGUGCAGGCAUGCUCUUACCCUGGUACUACUAUCAGUGGGCGGAUGUCGGCUGUUAAAUUCUAUUACAAGAUUGGGGAAACCAUUACAUUCACAUGUGAUGAAGGCUUGGAGUUAAGAGGGGCACCAAUGCUGCGAUGUCUACGUAAUGGGAAGUGGUCUAAUGCUAUACCAACAUGUGCUGCCAACACAUCAACUGCAGCAACUACCACAAGAUAAUGACUUUACAGUGCAAAAUGUUCAGAGAUGCUCAGCAACAUUGGUCUGAUCAACGAUAAGUGCAACAGAAUGUUGAAAUGCUCUGCCAUUAUUGUCUGUUUCAUUUAAAGGCUGCUUUAUAGUCUCAGUUAUAACAAAAUCUGGAAGAGCAAACACAAACAAUAGGUGAUUGUACACCAGAACACUGUAAUAGUAAGGUUUGAACAAACAAAAAAACUCUGUGGCUUCAGUCCAUAAGCGAACUAUACUGACCAAGCGACCACCACUUGUCAGCGA